UCGUCGUUCCAUCUUCAAACCCAAACCCUAGACACUACAUCCUCAAUCAAAGUUUACAUUUUUGUUUUGAGGAAAGAUUUCUACUUGCAAAUUUUUUAACCGGAAAUUUUCGAUAUCUUCAUUUUCUGGCUUAAUUCUUUUUGAUUGUUUUGUGAAAAAAAUGUGGAUGGUUCGUUUGUGAAGAAAGAAAGCUCAAGGGAAGAGAGAGAAAUGGCAAGCCAAGCAGCUGCUGCUUCUUUCAAUGGCAACUUGAAGAAAGCGCUUGCUGGCCUGAGACGUAUUAAUCUGGAAGGUCUGCGUUGGAGAGUAUUUGAUGCUAAAGGCCAGGUUCUUGGAAGACUAGCAUCUCAAAUAUCAACUGUGAUUCAAGGCAAGGACAAACCAACAUACACACCAAAUCGUGAUGAUGGUGACAUGUGCAUUGUACUUAAUGCGAAGGAUAUCUGUGUCACAGGCAGAAAACUUACUAACAAGGUUUACCAUUGGCAUACUGGGUAUGUGGGCCACCUCAAGGAAAGAAGCUUAAAGGACCAGAUGGCCAAAGACCCUACAGAGGUCAUUCGGAAAGCUGUACUACGCAUGCUUCCCAGGAACAAAUUGCGUGACGAUAGAGAUAGAAAGCUGAGAAUAUUUGCUGGAAGUGAGCAUCCCUUUGGCGAUCGACCCGUUGAACCAUAUGUGAUGCCUCCACGCACAGUUCGUGAAAUACGGCCACGUGCAAGGCGAGCCAUAUUACGAGCUCAGAAGAAAGCUGAACAGCAACUACUCAAUGAUAGUGAUGCAAAAAAAGGCAGGAAGAAGGAUAAAGAAGUGAGUGCAUGAAGAGUGAUUGAGGACACAGAUCCUUUUUCUUGCAAUAUGUCGUAUGGCAUAAACAGCAGAAAUUUAAAUUCUGUUUUCCGCAAUUGUCAUGGGUUUAUUCUGCAGGAGCACUUGAUCGCUUUUAAAUUUAGUUUCCUGACUAAAUGGCUGCUAAUUCAUUUGACUAUAGUCCUUUCGUUUUUAAAAGCAAAAAUGUUUUACUUCUCUUUAAUACAAAAUUCAUCUUUUGCAAGGAUGUUA